GGAAAAAAAAAUGCCAGCUCUUCAGCGAAUUAUGAUGUAGAAUUAUUGCACCCUUCACAAGCCCACGAUGAUAUCAUGAAGUCCGCUCACAGUGAUGGUUUGGUGAUUCCAUCCAAGGAAGGGCUCCCUACAGAAACAGUCACCUUAAAAUGGUGUACCCCUAAGUCCAAUGUAGUAGAGCUCCAGUACUGUACAUGUGCAGCAAGAAUCACCCCCGUAGACGUCAACAGUCGGCCCUCCUCCUGUCUCACCAACUUCCUCCUCAGUGGUCGAGCUGUAAUGUUGGAGCAGCCACGUAAGUCAGGCACCAAGGUCAUCUCCCACAUGUUAGCCAGUCACGGCGGUGAGAUCUUUAUCCACUCCAUCAACACUGCCCGCUCACUACUGGAGGACCCUCCCUCAAUCAGUGAGGGGUGUGGGGGGAGAGUCACAGAUUACAGAAUUAAUGUUAGUAUGACCCUCA